UCCUCUACUUAGGUGUUUUCCUGUCUGAUGCUGUCAGUGUUCCGUUAUAAAAAAUAUUGAUUCAUAAUGGAUGUUUCGGUUUGCCUCUUAGCACAUUACCACUGUCCUGCCCCUGUGUCAACAGCACCAUGUGACUUACCCCAGUUCCCCCGCGCUUGUUUUCACUUCAGCAGCAGGUUGUGAUUUCACAUAAUUGUAUUAGAGCGCUUCCUGCGAGGAAUUAAACCAAAACAAGGACCUUAAUGACAGUUGAGUUAGUGUGAGUGGAGCACAUGCUUCUGUUUCAGGCUGCUGUCCUCACCAGAUUAGCGGACAGACACUGACAAACAGGCUUGUUUGCUGUAAAGCCCGCUGCGACUCAGUCUGACCCCAGUACAUGGUUUGUAAAAGAAACACUGAUGUGCCCCAAAACACAUAUGAGCAGGAUUAUAUAACUCAGACUACCUGAGGAGUUACAACACACUGAUGAUUGAAAUUAACAUUGAAACAUAAACAUCACUUAUCAUAUCAGUCCUCAGGCAACACUAAAAAUACCUUUUAAUAUAACUUUAAAUGUUUCUAAUGAUCCAAACAUUGGGGCACUGCAGCCUGAGUGACUCGCCUGUGACUUGACCUGGCCUCUGCACGCAUCUUACUGUGAGGCUUCCUUAUUAAGGAAUUUAUUUUAAAAACAUUGCUAGAACUUCCCUUAAAAGGAGGCACUUUUACUGUAUAGCAAGCAUGACUUGUUGCAGUAUUCGUGCUGUUGGUUACCAGUGAGUGUCAAUUGACAGAUGCCCAUGUCAUCCACACGGGGGUUUGACAUAGUCAUAGCAGUGACGAAACAUAACUCAUUUUUUUUGCCGAGCAGGUCUGUAGUUGUCCAUCAGCGCAGAGUUGUCGUCAGUGCUCAGUUCUCUCUUGAGUUCUCUGGAAUACAGGGGUCAUGAUGGAUCAGGGUCAAAUCUACGUCAAGCUCAGCGAGGAGAAGCUGAUUCCGAAGUCUGACGUCCUGUCUCUCCUGCGGACUUACAACUGCUAUCAUGAGGGGAAGAACUUCCAGCUGAGGGCCCGCGAGGAGGAAGACGGCAGACUCAUCCUGGAGGGUUUGCUGAACAUCUACUGGGGUCUGCGUCGGCCAAUCAGACUUCAGAUGCAUGAUGACAAUGAAAGACUUCGCCUCAAACGAAAUGACCUCCUGUCAGUGCAGUCCAACAACAACUCACCAAGCCGACAGACUGCAGGUGGGGACGCUGCUGAAGCAGAGGAGGAGGAGUCUCCACAGCUGCUGAGGACCAGGAGUGACGCUUCCUUCAUGAGGGUUCAGCGGAGGUCAAAGACCCACACGGCCAGGGACAUGCAGCGCCUGCGCACACACAGGUUCUCCAUCAACGGACACUUUUACAACCACAAGACGUCCGUGUUCACGCCAGCCUUUGGCUCCGUGACAAAUGUGCGUAUAAACAGCACCAUGACGACUCUUCAAGUCCUCAACCUGCUGCUGCAGAAGUUCAGGGUGGAGAAUAAAUCGGAAGAUUUUGUUCUCUACAUGGUGCAUGAGUCAGGAGAGCGGACACAACUGCGGGACGCCGAGUUCCCGCUGGUGAGUCGGGUGCUGUACGGACCCUGUGAGAAAAUCUCCAAGAUCUUCAUCAUGGAGGCCGACCUGGGAGAGGAAGUCACAUACGACGUCGCGCAGUAUAUCAAGUUUGAGAUUCCUGUUCUCGACAGCUUUGUGGAAAAACUGAAAGAGGAGGAGGAGCGUGAGAUAAACAAGCUAACCAAAAAGUACGUUUCUCUGAGGUCAAUGAUUCUGCACCAGCUGGAGGACAAAGGUCACGCCAGCGGGAGUGUAUGAGUGUGUGCCUGAAUGACUAGAGAUGAAUUAUGUUUUCUAUUAAUAUAUUUUUACUUGUUUCUUAUCUGUAAUAAAUGGUGUGGCCAAGUCUUUCUCAUCCAACUCUGCAGCAACAACAACCGCGUGAUCAUUUCCUGCUCUUCCACGGCGACUGGGGUCCGACGUGUCAUUGUUCUUAUAAGUGACCCUGAUUGCCAGCCAGUUCCCAUGAUCCUGUUUGUGUGUGAGAGAGAUGGACGUGAUA